GUCUUGUUAUAGAAGGUCUUUGGUUGUAAAUGACACAAUCGAUUCUUUGUAAGGAAAAUAUAAAAUACCGAUUUGCAAUAACAUGAUUCUCUUACAUCAUGUUUAUGGCAAGGUGCCAUGCUCAUCAUUAUCAGAGAUUAGGUUAAUUACCCGUUCUUGGGUAUUUAAUUUUUACCGUAGAAGCACAACGAAGAAAGUAGCUGAAGAGUUAGGUAGUGAUUAUUUUAAAAAGGAACAUCAUUAUUAAAGUGAAUAGUUAAGUUUAAAAAAAUCGUGCAGCAUGUGUGGAAUAUGGGCAGUGUUUGGACUCGAAUCCAAUUUACAUUCUCAUUGUGCUUCUACGUUUUCCAAAAUCGGGCACAGAGGACCAGAUGCUUGGAGGGUUGAAUAUGAUGAUAAGGUAAAGAAUUGCUGCAUUGGAUUUCACAGAUUAACAAUCGUUGACAGCAUUUGGGGAAUGCAACCCAUGAAGUUACACAAAUAUCCAAAUUCCAUAUUGAUAUGUAACGGAGAGUUGUACAACUGCAACAGACUUGCAGAACAAUACGAUUUUAAGUAUGAAACGAAAAGCGAUGUAGAAUGUAUCCUUCAUCUGUAUCAUAAAUUUGGAAUAGAAGAGUGCGUCAAGAAUUUGGAUGGUGUAUUUGCGUUUUGCCUCGUAGAUAUUGCUAAACGGAAAGUGUUUUUAGGGAGAGAUCCCUAUGGAGUAAGACCGCUUUUUAGAGUUACUAGCACCUCUGGAAUUCUCGGCAUUUCUUCAGAAGCAAAAGGUUUGAUUCAAAUCGAAAAAGAAUUGAAUGGCGAAGGUAAAACUUUAGAACCAUUUCCACCUGGUAGUUAUGCAGAAUACGAUUUAUUAGAAAAUGGAAAAACAAUAUUAGCAAAAGCUGAGAAAUAUUUCAAACCUGGUGUUAAACCAAGUUUUCUACCCUUUUUGCCACAUUCAGAGUUAUCACCAAAUGAACAUCAGGUAAAUAUUAGAAAAUUAUUAAAGGCUUCUGUUAAAAAGCGGCUAAUGGCAGACCGAAGAAUUGGAUGCUUACUCUCUGGUGGUCUUGAUUCCUCACUAAUUGCAGCUUUACUUGUACAAGAAGCUAAAGAUGCAAACUUGCCCUACAAAAUACAAUCCUUCUCUAUUGGAAUGGGUGAUAGUCCUGAUCUCAGAGCAGCCCGACUAGUUGCGAAACAUAUAGGCACAGAUCAUCAUGAAAUUACAUUUACUGAAGAAGAUGUUGCCAAUGUGCUGGAUGAUGUUAUAUAUACAUUGGAAACUCCUGAUAUAACUACUAUCAGAGCUUCUUUACCUAUGUACCUGCUCUCAAAAUAUGUUGUAGAAAACACAAAUACAACCGUUUUACUUAGUGGCGAAGGAGCAGAUGAAGUUGCUCAGGGGUACAUUUACUUUAGAGAUGCGCCCACAGCUCAAGCUGCCCAUGAAGACAGUUUAAGGUUGCUGCGAGAAAUAUACAUGUUUGAUGGUUUGCGGGCGGACCGAACUACAGCGUCUCAGUCACUAGAAUUGCGAGUUCCUUUCUUAGAUUUGCAGUUCACAAACUAUUACUUAAACUUGGACCAGAAACUUAAACAGCCAAAAAACAACAUUGAGAAACAUCUUUUACGCUCCGCUUUUGAUGGGACUGAUCUACUGCCUCACGAUAUCCUUUGGCGGCCAAAGGAAGCUUUCAGCGAUGGUGUAGCCUCACAAAGAAAAUCUCUGUUUGUUAUACUGCAAGAAAUUGUCGAUAAGAGAAUGCCUGAACCUUUUGAUUUAGAACUGGCUAAGAAGAAAUAUCCACAUUGCAGUCCUCCAAGUAAAGAAGCUUAUUAUUACAGGGAAAUUUUUGAGAAAACUUAUUCCAAAUUGGCACCGAACUUUUUGCCUCAUUAUUGGAUGCCACGAUGGGUUGAAGGUGUUACAGAUCCAUCAGCAAGGUUUAUCAAACAUUACGGAGGCGACGGAAACGAGAAAAAAUAAAUUAUGCAAGGAUAAAUUUGACUGUAUUUUUAUUCGAAUAAUGAUUUUU